AACGCAUUGAUUGCGGCUGUUGAAAGAGGCAAACUUGACAUUCAAUGCAAAGGGUCAAAGGUCGCAACUGUGAAGCGGCCGCGCAGGCGUAGUACGCCGCAUUGACCGAAUCAAUGUCAAGUGCUGUCCGUUUCCCAUAGGCGUGUGUCCAGACAUUAAUCAUGCAGUUUCUCCUGGAAUGAGUGAUCAGACUUAUGUUUAAACAUGCUGACAUUCUUCCUGGUUGGCUUGCUUGUGCAUCUCAUCUUCUUUGCCUCCAUUUUUGACAUUUAUUUCACCUCUCCCCUGGUGCAUGGAACGACUCCUCAUCGAACAGCACUACCACCACCAGCUAAGCGUCUUGUUCUCUUUGUUGCUGAUGGAUUGCGUGCUGAUACCUUUUUUGAGCUGGAUCAGAAUGGACAAACACGUUCACCAUUUCUCCGGAAUGUGGUUGAGCACCAUGGAAGCUGGGGUGUGUCUCACACACGGGUUCCAACUGAAUCCAGACCUGGUCAUGUGGCUUUGAUUGCAGGGUUUUAUGAAGAUGUCAGUGCUGUUGCUAAAGGUUGGAAAGAAAACCCAGUGGAAUUUGAUUCUGUUUUUAAUGAAAGCAAAUACACCUGGUGCUGGGGAAGUCCUGACAUUUUGCCAAUGUUUGCGAAAGGUGCCAGCAGUGACCAUGUCUUCACACAAAUGUAUCCAGCUGAGAAGGAGGACUUUGCUGCUCAGGAUGCAUCGAAGCUGGAUACCUGGGUUUUCGAUGAAGUAAAGGAGUUUUUUGAAUUUGCAAAAACAAAUGAACUGCUGUCAAAGAAAAUGAGACAAGAUCAAGUUAUUUAUUUCCUUCAUUUGCUUGGGCUGGACACCAACGGACAUGCUCACAGACCAAUGUCAAGCGAGUACAAGGAAAAUAUCCGAAUAGUCGAUAAAGGUAUAGAAGAAGUUGUGUCUAUCAUUGAAGAUUUCUACAGAAAUGAUAAGAACACUGCCUUCAUCUAUACUUCUGAUCAUGGGAUGACAGAUUGGGGUUCACAUGGUGCAGGCCACCCCUCAGAAACCCUCACACCCUUGGUUGCAUGGGGAGCUGGAGUAAAUGGACCAUUGGUUGACUCAAAUCAACAAUUUCAAGAUGAUUUUCUCCAAGAAUGGAAACUAAAUGACUCAAGAAGAUUAGAUAUAAACCAGGCUGAUGUAGCACCACUGAUAGCUGCUUUAAUCGGAAUUCCUUUCCCUCUUAAUUCUGUGGGCAUUUUACCUUUGGAAUACUUAAACAACAGCGACCAGUUUAAAGCUGAAUGUAUACUAACAAAUACUGUGCAAAUAUUGGAACAAUUUAAGGUGAAAAUGAUUCAUAGAAAAGAGACCACACUGUCCUUUUUGUUUAGUCCCUUUAAGCCUCUUCCCCUUUCCAAAGGGCAGGACAUGCUUCGCACAGCCCGGUUAUAUAUUCAACAGCACCAGUACAAUGAAGCAAUUAAUCUUUGCAAGUCAUUAAUAAACCUUGCCCUGGAAGGACUAUCUUACUAUCACACAUAUGAUCGAGUCUUCUUGGGAAUCAGUGUAGUGCUGGGAUUUGUGGGCUGGACAACUUACGCUUUUGUGUUGAUUGCCAAACACCACACAAAACUCAACAAGCCAAUUUGCCAGCUAGACAAGCUAUCCUCUAGCGAUCACCUUCCUGCAAUAUUCAUUGGGGCUGGUGUGGUGAUAACGCUAUUGCUGCUGAUUCAGAGCUGUCCAUGGACCUAUUACAUUUAUUGCCUGCUGCCAGUCCCAGUGUGGUACGCAGUAAUAAAGGAGUUUACAAUUAUUCAAAAUGUAAUCAAUUUAGUUUUAACUCAUCCUUCAAAAUCCAUGGGCUGUUUAAUACUUUUUAUCCUGGGUAUUGAAACAAUGAUUGCAAGUUUUUUCUACCGGCAAGUCCUCACGUUUGGGCUAGUAUCGUUUGCCAUUUGGCCAGUGCAUUCAAAGCUGUUGCGGCAGAACAAGAUCAUGUCUUUAAGCUGGAUCUUUUUCAGCUCCAUCCUGGCUGUGUUUCCACUGAUGCCAGUCGUUGGCAGGAGUCCCAAUAUUACUCUUGUAACUGGAGCUGGAAUACUGACUGUCAUCUGCAGCUUCAUCUUCCUCAGUUGUUUCAAGACUCCAAUGGCAAAAUCAGUUGAAACUACAACACUAGUGAACAGAAGUGUAUACACUGUGCAGAUCACAAGCAUUGUUCUAUCAAUCUAUGUUGUGAACAUGACACACUCCAGUUUGGCAGAUAAACAUGGGCUUCCUUUAGCCAGUCAGAUCAUCAGUUGGAUAACACUUGCCUCCUCCUUACUGAUUCCUUUGCUUAGCUCAACAUUACUCUUCCAACGACUGCUAAGCAUUAAUCUCUCGUUGAUGUCAACCUACCUCUUGCUCAGCACAGGAUAUGAAGCUUUAUUUCCUCUAGUACUGGCUUGCUUGUUAUUCAUUUGGAUUAAUCUGGAGCAAGAGACAAUCCAGUUUCACAGUACAUCUCCUGCCCAAAAGGAGUUAUCCCUGAUAGAUUUUGCCCAGAGAGCUGAUGAAACACCAAUUCGGUACCUUGAGUUAGAUGACAUAAGACGAUCUUAUUUCUUUAUUUUCUUAAUUGUGACCGCUUUCUUUGGAACUGGAAAUAUAGCUUCUGUCAACAGUUUUGAUCCUGCGUCAGUUUACUGCUUCUUGACUGUUUUUAAUCCUUUCGUAAUGGGAGCAUUAAUGAUGUGGAAGAUACUAAUACCUUUUGUUAUCGUGAUGUGUGCAUUCGAAAGUAUUCAAGUUUCAACUCAUUUGUCCUCGAACAGUUUAUUUCUCAUUGUGCUCGUCAUCUCAGACAUCAUGGCUUUGCAUUUCUUUUUCCUGGUUAAAGACUAUGGAAGCUGGCUGGAUAUUGGAACAAGUAUCAGUCAUUACGUCAUUGUGAUGUCGAUGACCAUUUUUCUCAUGUUUCUAAGUCGCUUGGCUAAGAUCCUGACGACCCAGAGAAUUGGACUUCACAAGAAAAUUAAGCAGCAUUUUAUGUAAUUAUUGAGUAACAUGAUGAUUAAAAUGGAUCUGCAAUGGUUAACUGUGACUGUCUUAAUCUAAACCAAAAUGCAUUGACUGUGACUGAUCACUCAAGCCUUCUUGGCUUAUCCUCAUCGUGUGCCAGAUGGUGUUACCAAUUGGUUACACGAAAUAGUUAACCUAGAAACAGAAAGUGACCAGAAGUUUGUAAUCAUGUUUUUAUUACCAGUCUGAUGCAAAUCACUUUAAUAUGCAUUCAGCUUGAAUAUGCCAUUGUAACAUCUGAAAUCAACAUUAAUAACUAGACAAUUGUAAUUUUAGCAAAGAUCAACUUUAAUCUAGCUUUGGAAGAUUUGAAACUGAAUUCAGAAAAUCUUUUCAGAGUUUACUAAAUUUACAAUAAAUGAAAAGCAUUUGUGUUUACCAGGGCAUCAUUGUACCAUUUGCAACUGGACGAAGUCUCCUCCAGUUUUGAAUGUGUAUUUGGCUGCAAAUUGCAGUGAGAAAGUUGAUGAUCAAAGACAAAAGUUGCCAUUGUAAUUGAGCAUGGAGAGAGCAAAAGUGUGGAUGAUUUGCCAGAAAGAAAAUGUGGAAGUCUGAAAAUGAAAUACCAAAUUUAAAGGAUAAUAAACUGAAAGGAGAAAGGUACUGAAGAGGUUACUGUGGUGGAAUGUAAACCCAACACUUUUAAUGAUUAAGCCUUUUUGAAAGGUUCUUUUUUUUUGUACAUAUUUUAAUUUAUGCUCCUUACUGCUCUUUCUUCGAACAUGCUGUAUCAGGUGAAUUUCAGGGGUGUGGCAGAGUAAGUUGUACCACAACGUUUACAUGUCUGGCGUCACUCUUUAAUUAAAUGGGAUUAAUGUUGAUGCCAUGUUAAGACAACUAGUUUGCCAUUAAAUGCAUGUAUAAACCUAGUAAUUCCAGCUUUUGGGACUUUUGUUUAAUUGUAAUACAGUGACCAAAUGUAGCCUUCACUGAAAUGUUGCAUUUUGAGUCCAUGUAAUUAUCUAUGUAAUGAAACUAUCCAGUAUGCCUUAAGUUCAUAAUACUCAUGGUUUGAAUGUGCUGUGCACAACUUGAAUAUUUAUGGACUUGUUAUUCAAUGUGUGU